CAUCGGACGACAGCUGCGCCGAGAGCCGGCCGCGCCCGGCCGCCGCCUCGACCCGGCCGGCAGCGCGGGAGGAAGACGAGGAGAAGCUGAAGAAGAAGCGGCGGGUGCUCUUCUCCAAGGCGCAGACGCUGGCUCUCGAGCGACGCUUCCGGCAGCAGCGCUACCUGUCGGCGCCCGAGCGGGAGCAGCUGGCGCACUUGCUCCGCCUGACGCCCACCCAGGUCAAGAUCUGGUUCCAGAACCACCGCUACAAGAUGAAGCGCGCCAAGGGAGGCGAGCGGGGCGGCGCGGGGGGCGGCCCGCCUCUCAUGCGGCGGGUGGUGGUGCCGGUGCUGGUGCGGGACGGCAAGGCCUGUCAAAGCUGCAGCGGCGCCACCCCUACGCGGAGCCCCGGCGGGCCCCAAGCAGCCUUCAACCUGCCCGGCUACUCGGCGUUUCCGCAAAGCCUUUUCCCCGCCUAUCAGCACUUAGCGCCGCCUGCCUUAGUAUCCUGGAACUGGGGCUGA